UAAAAAUAGUAGAAACCAGUUAUCCGUACCGGAAAGACUCGUCACCUUUUUCUCCUCGACCCUUUACUACCAUUGUAGCUAGCUAGCUCUCUUUGAUCCCUACUAGAUAUUAGUUAACAUAAAAGUUAACGUGAACGUGACAACACAUCACUUGCAACCAUGAGCACCAUGUUUCCUGACACAAUUCUAAUUGUGUUCAUCUCUGUGUGCACGGCUCUAUUAGCGGAGGGUAUUACUUGGGUCUUAGUAUAUCGGACUGAGAAAUACAAAAGACUUAAGGCAGAGGUGGAGAAGCAGAGCAAAAAACUGGAGAAGAAAAAGGAAACCAUCACAGAAUCAGCAGGUCGUCAGCAGAAGAAGAAAAUAGAGAGACAAGAAGAGAAACUGAAAAACAACAAUAGAGAUCUUUCCAUGGUGCGAAUGAAGUCGAUGUUUGCCAUUGGCUUCUGUUUCACAGCAUUGAUGGGAAUGUUCAACUCCAUUUUUGAUGGAAGAGUUGUUGCCAAGCUACCCUUCGUCCCGUUGUCCUACGUCCAGGGCCUGUCCCAUCGCAACCUCCUUGGAGAGGACUUCACUGACUGUUCAUUCAUCUUCCUCUACAUCCUUUGUACCAUGUCUAUCCGACAGAACAUUCAGAAAAUGCUGGGUCUGGCUCCGUCCAGAGCAGCAACAAAGCAGGCCGGAGGGUUUCUGGGACCACCACCCCAGGCAGCCAAGUUCUCAUAAAAUCUUGGACGUGGACAGUUUCAGCAGGCCUGUUUGGCAACAGGGAGUGUCUGACCCAACGGCAGAAAAAGCCCACUCAUUAUCACAGUCCACUCCAUUGCACUUCAUGAUGGAAUAAGUGUUUGUAUAGUUGCAAACUACUGUUUAACAUUUUGUUCGCUGUUUCGUUUUUAAACCAGCUGCUGUUAAAGUUUUAAAACUAUGUGCUUGAAAAUAAAGUAUUGCUAUUGUUUUGA